CUUUCCUUCCACCAAAUUCAAUUCAAACAUUGACAUACAUAGAAAGGUGUUUCCGCGACAAGUUUUAUUGGCCUUAACUAGAAGUUACAACAGUCAAUCUAAUGAAUUUUAGAAAACAAGCAGAUGAAUUAGCUACUAACUUCAUUGAGAGUUUCAGUAAAGACCGUUGAGAAAUGUUCCGUCCAAUUUCCUGAUGUUGAAUAUGGAUCAAUGGUAUGCACCCAUAACUAAAAGAGAAAUUAGUUGGGCAGACUAAUAGUCGUGACCGGAGUUGGAACCUUACCUCCUCCUCUUAUGUGUAUGAGUAGAAAAUAAAGUUAGCUACCUAGAGAUAAAUUGGAAUGAAUGAGGGAAGUAGAAGUGAUGGUAGAAAACAAGUACAGAGGAAAAAAAAAAACAUUAAUGAAAAUAACAAAAGGGAGAAGAUCUAGAGAUAAGAGAGCAAUGGUAGAAAACAAUACAAAUCAAAGUCGAUGUUUUCGUGAGCAUGUAUGUGAUGAUCGAUGUUGGUAGAAUGAAAAGAAAAAGCACAAAGCAAAUUUGUGAGAGAGGUGAAUAUUAAAAUUAGGAGUAGAAAAUAUAAGGUUUGUAAAGUCAAAGGCAGCUAAUUGUUGCUGGAUAUGCCAGCGGUAGGAGUAAAUUGGUCAUUUAUUUGUAUUUUUAGGAAGUUAUUGAUGUCAAAACAACAAUUUUCAUAGAAAUUUUGGGUGUAACUAGAUGUUUUAAGGGUGUAACUAGAAAUAGCCAUUUUUUAUUUUAUUUUUUUGUUUCAAUGUUAUCUCUCCUAUUAUUCCACAUGUUCCCGCAUCAGUGCUCUUCGAAAUUGACACAUCGGUUUUUGGGUUUCUCUGCAAUGGUUUCUUCUCAUCUGUGUGUAUCUCCAAAAUCAUACGCUCAAACCCCAACAACACCGCUCCCUCUUCCUCUCCCUAUAUCACCAUUCACGGAUUCAGAUGUAACUCCUUCGAUCACAGCUACAGUGAAAUGGUGCCCCAUAUUUUUCUGCUAUAUCAGCCUUGAAAAUUGUCACUUGUCGGUACCUGUACUCUUUCUUUCUAGGGUUUAUCUAACAUGUGCCAAUAUUGCACGUGUUAAAACAACUUAAAAUAGUAUAUUUUUUUUAUUGACAAACAACAAUUAUUUAUUAAAAAGAGAAUGCUAAAGAGUGUCCCAAGGGUAUUGGUUAAGGAUAAAAAACAAGUAAAUUUUUAUAAAAAAUUAUGUAAUCAUUUAUUACUUGAUCAAAAGCAACAUCUUAUAUUUUCAAGAUAAAGUUUCUAUUUGUGGAUUAAAGCUUAUCCAAGAGCUCAAAAUGUUGAAACAGUUAAGGAAGUUAGGCAUAAAGUCCGUGCGGCAAGAAUAUGGAAAUGCAUUAUCUGCUGCAAUACAAGAGAUGAAACAACUUGAAUCUCUUAAUAUUGGUGCUAUAACUAAGGAUGAAAUCCUUGACUUGGAUCUUGCAUCAGCUCCAUCUCGUCUUAGAGUGCUCAAUUUGAAAUGUAGACUAACAAAGUUGCCUAAUUGGAUUCCAAAUCUCCAGUAUCUUGUGAAGCUAAGACUUGGUUUAUCUAACUUCAAAGAUGAUCCACUAGACUCUUUGAAUACUUUACCUAAUUUGUUGAGGCUGAAUUUAUGGGAUGAUGCUUUUUCUGGUGAAAGAUUGCAUUUUAAGAAAGGAGGGUUUCCAAAGCUGAAGGAGUUGGAUCUCACAAGAUUAAAUAGACUAAGUUCUAUAUCUAUAGACGAAGAAGCUUUAGUUGAUCUCGAACACUUCAGAUUUAGAAACAACCCUCAAUUGAAGGUUUUACCCCAUGACCUCCAAAACUUGAAAAACCUUCAAUUCCUUGGAUUUGCUGAAAUGCCUGUUGAAUUAGUUGAUAGCAUUGAUCCAGAGAAAGGUGGAACAUGCCGUUGGAUUAUCAAUCAUAUUCCCCUUGUACAAAUUCGUCAGAAUGUAGGAUCAAAAUUUCAUGACUAUAUGUUGCACCGCAUUCCUACUAAAAUCAAAGUCUGAAAUAUCAAGAUUCAAAUUCUCCAUGCUGCUGCUCACAAGAAGAUGCACUUUGUCUCUUCAUUCCUUCUUUGGUGUGCUUGAUUGGCCCAAUAAAUUAUUUCCUUGAAUUGAACUUUUUUACUAUGUAUCAAGGAAUGUGUACUCUCUAUUAUUGGACAAUUUGUUUUGACUUUAUUUUUCUGUUUUUAUCAUUUGUGGUGUUGUUUAUUAUUCGUUGUGGUGUGGAUGUUUUUCAACAAACAGUAUAAUAGAUAUUUCAAUUUGCAUGGAACAUAGAUUCAAUUUCCUUACUAUUA